AUUUAGGGUUUCAUCAGCUCCGUUCUCUCUUCUCCGAUAAUCAGAUCCACGAAACUCUACUUUUCGGAUCAGGUCUCAGCUUCUCUAUCGUUUGCCCCUCAGAUCAACAAAGUUUCAUGUCUGAACUUGAUUCCCAGGUCCCUACUGCCUUUGACCCGUUUGCUGAUGCGAAUGCUGAGGACUCAGGUGCAGGAACAAAGGAGUACGUUCACAUUCGUGUCCAGCAGCGGAAUGGUAGGAAAAGCUUGACAACGGUCCAGGGGCUAAAGAAAGAGUACAGCUACAGCAAGAUACUUAAGGACCUCAAGAAAGAAUUUUGCUGCAACGGAACUGUGGUUCAAGACUCAGAACUGGGACAGGUUAUUCAGCUUCAAGGCGAUCAGAGGAAGAACGUCUCCACUUUCCUAGUCCAGGCUGGCCUUGUGAAGAAAGAUAACAUCAAGAUCCAUGGUUUCUGAGCUGCUUCUGUUGCAUUGUCCCUUGGCUGUUUAAGUGGAUCAUUACUGUAUCGUGCAGUUCCAAAACAUAUAUUUGAUUGCUUCUUGUUUUUUUUUCUUAUAGCUUUGGUAUGAUACUAAGAGACCAUUAUCUUUUUCUUCCACAUGCUACUUGUGUAAUAUGAAAUUGUUGAGCAUUUUCCAAUAAAAAUGUGCCUCUUUU